AUGAUGCGUGACGCCGCCAUGGGCUACUCGGGCCGCUUGGUGGACGCCUACAAGCAGAAAGACCGCGUGCUGGCCACGGCCGAGGGCCGCGAGGAGGAGCUGCACGCCUACAGCGAGUCGUCCGGCCAGUGGCGCUUCUACCGCACGCUGUGCCAGGUGCGCUUCGGCUACCUGUCGUUCCUCGUGGUCAUGAUGGUGCUCAUGUUCUCCUUCACGCUGCUGAUGGAGAUCUUCUUCGCCAUCUUCCUGCCGAGCGCCAAGUACGACGAGUACUACACCGUGCGAGCGGUGAUCUCGCUGGUGCUGCUGCCCGUGUCCGACGGCUCGCUGCCCAACUUCCGGUUGGCGCUGGCCGUGGUCAUCCACUACAUCCGCCAUCGCACGGAGCUGCUGCGGAGAAGUCGGACGAGUGCAGUUCCUGGCGGACUACUGCAUCCGAGAGGCUCCAUAUUGCUGGCUGCCAAGGACGACCCGUUCUUGGAUGACGACAAGGAGGAGGAGGACGAAGCAGCGCGAAACCGCUGGAAGCGGAUCCGCGCUGCAGUGAAGACAACGUUGCUCAUCAAGAAGGUGAAGGAUGAAGGCCCAGCCAUCGACCUGUCGACGUUUGUCAUCGUGGACAUUGUGUGUCCAGUGUUGUUCGAGGUGGUGACGGCAGCUUCAAUGGUCUUGAAGUUUGCGACG